CAUUGUCCUUUGUGCAUUUAGUUGUGUUUGUGGUGCCAACGUUUAUUGUAGUGCGAAUUUAUUUAUUUAACGUAUUGUUUAUACAAACUUUAUUGUAGUGCGCUAUGGCUUGCAAAAGAAAACGAUUAACUUUAAAAGAAAAAAUAGACAUUCUGGAAUUUCGAACAUCAAAUACAAUGGGCGUUCGUGCAUUAGCAGACAAAUUUAGUGUUAGUAAAACACAAAUUGCUGAUAUUAUAGCAAAUAAAGACGCUCUUUACAAAACUUGGGCUGAAAAUGGAGAAGAGAAACGGAAAUGGACAAAGCUACAAAAAACAGAAACCUCUAUAAUCAACAAUGAAGUAUUAAACUGGUUUUCAAAAUUACGAGAAAAAAAUCUUCCUGUUUCAGGACCGAUGCUUCAAGAAAAAAUUUGUGGUGAAGCAGCAAGUGUUGAUGAAGAAGCCAUUGAUAACUGGAAAGUAAAAAUACCCGAAAUUAUAGCAAACUACGCAGAAUGCGAUAUUUUUAAUGCAGAUGAAACGGGAUUGUUUUAUAGAGUUCUACCUGAUAAAACUAUGGCGUUUAAAAAUGAGAUAUGUACUGGAGGAAACAUUUCAAAAGAACGUUUAACUGUACUCUUGUGUACUAACAUGUUAGGUGAGUUUGAACGGCCACUCGUCAUAGGCAAAGCUAAACGUCCACGAGCCUUCAAAAAAUUGGAUAUUAACAACUUUCCCGUCAAUUGGUUUUGGAACAAAAAAGCCUGGAUGACGAUUGAAAUAAUGACUGAGUGGCUAAUGAAAUUUGAUAACAGAAUGGGUCAAAAUAAAAGAAAAGUUUUACUCUUUUUAGACAACGCGGCUCCUCAUCCACAUUUAAAAAUGAAAAAUAUUGAACUUGUGUUUUUUCCACCUAACAUGACUUCUCAUUGCCAACCGCUUGACCAAGGAGUAAUUCAUCAGUUUAAGAAAUUAUAUCGUACGCAAUUGUUACUUCAUUCAGUCUGUGCUGGCAUUUGUGAAUUAGUUACAGCAAAAAGGAUUUAUCCAUUCUUACAACCAAAAUCUUACAUACAGGGCCGGCGUAAGGCUAAAUGA